AUGACAGAUACCCAUAAAGGGGUUGUCAAUAAGGAAGAUGUUGCAGAUAACUGGGAAGAAGCUGGUGAGGAGGUUGCACAGAAAUUUUUCGAUGAACGUAGGAAAGAAGUGGAAGCAAAGAAACAGGAAGAGGAGGAGAUGUCGAAAGCUAGAGAAGCUGCACAACUAUUACAAGAACAGGGUGCAAGUUGUGACAAACCAGCCAUUCAAAUUUUGAAGCGGCCGUCAGCUGAAGCUCAGUCUCAGCGGCAUGUCACUAAGCAUGGAGAAAAAGCAAAACCAAUGACUCUUCAGGAGAAAGAAGCUGCGUAUUUGCAAGCGCGAGAAAGAAUUUUUGGUGGGGUGUAUAGAUUCGAAGAUGAUCGAGACACGGCACUUGAUCCAACGUUACAGAUUGUCCCUGGUACUGCCUUUUGUGUACCAACUGGUAUUCCACUCUCUCACAUAUCUCUUCAUUCACCGAAUCCUCGACCUAGACUACCAGCCAUCAUGAAGCCUACUAGACCCACCCUAUAUCAGCCAACAUUUCCAUUAGGACCACCAUUUGGUGUACCGCCACCAUUACCUGGUGCCUAUACACCACCAAUACCUCCUAUUUCGCAGCAAAAUUUUCCAUUAUCCGGAAUGCAGUUUUCUCCGAAUAUCCAGCCCCAACGCUUUCCGUAUUUUGAUUCUAGAAUUCCACCUCCACUACAUCCACCUUUAAUAGGUCAACAGAAUUCUAGUCAGAAUGUGCUGGGAAUCAAUCCAACCGCUGAUGUUGCAAGAAAUCCUGUACCUUACGGCCGUCCUCCUGCCCAGCUAUUUCCAGAAAAUCGAUUUACACUUGCAUUCAACGACCAGCCGAAUAAAUUUCUUUGA